AUCCAUCCAUUAGUUUGAAGCAACAAUGGUCACUCCUGCCGUUAAGCACACCAUCGUGAAGAAGCGUACCGCUACCUUCAAGCGCCACCAGUCCAACCGCUUCAUGCGUGUUGGUGAGUCGUGGAGAAAGCCCAAGGGUAUUGAUAACUGCAUGCGCAGACGUUUCAAGGGUAGCUCUCCCAUGCCCAAGAUCGGUUACGGAUCUGCCAAGAAGACCCGCAACUUGUUGCCCAACGGCUUCCGCAAGUUCACCGUCUCCAACGUCCGUGAGCUCAGCCUCUUGUUGAUGCACAACCGCACCUACGCCGCCGAGAUCGCCCACAACGUCUCCUCCAAGAAGCGUGUUGCCAUCAUUGAGCGCGCUGCCCAGUUGAACGUCAAGGUCAUCAACGCUGGUGCUCGUCUUAGAUCCCAGGAGUAAAUCAUUUCUCCCAAACCAUAAAAAAAACAAUCAAGAAAAAGAAAUACAUUACGAUCGACUCUCUUUAUCAAUCUAUCUGUUUCUCUAUCUUCAAUUCUGUUCAAUGGUUUAUCUCUCUUUCUAUGUUUCUUUUUUUUUGAUAAAAUUAAAAAAAAUGGAAAGACACAUGUGUGUGUAUGUGUUUGUGCUUCUUUGUAGUCUGAAUGUAUUGUGUUUUAUAUAUAUUUUUUACUUAUUGAC